AUGAAAGCAAGGGACAAAAUCAGGGAGGCUGGGUUCGAGGUACAGCUGGCGUCGACUACCCGAUACAAGGAAAUUCCCCGCACAAGUUUUCGCUGCAGUCAGCAGCCGUACGAAGGCAUGUAUGCUGACUUGGAGGCACAGUGUCAGGUUUACCACGUGUGCCACAACGGCCGAAAGGAGAGCUUCCUGUGUGGACCAGGAACAAUCUUCAACCAGCAGAUCCGUGCCUGUGACUACUGGUACAGCUUCGAGUGUGACGAAGCGCCCAAUUGGUACUACCUGAACGCCGAAGUGAAUGUUGAGAGCCCACAGCCGCUGCAGCCUCUGCCCGGAAGUGGCGGAGGCGCUGCUGGCGGUGGAGGUGGUGCAGGCGGUGGAGGUCGCCCUGGGCCAGCUUACCUUCCCGGUGGAACGGGCGGGGGCAGCAGGAGGAGGAGGAGGCGCCCCCGGCGCGGGUCGCUAUCCUGGCUCGGGAGGCGCGGGUGGUUACCCAGGAGGUUCCGGCUCUCCAGGAUCAGGCGGUUACCCCGGUGGCCCUCGUGGACCUGGUUCUGGAGGAGCUCCUGGUGCUGGAGGCUACCCCGGUGGUACCGGUGGUUACCCAGGAGGAGGGUUCCGGCCGACCCGGUGCUGGGGGUUACCCAGGCUCUGGAGCUGGAGGACCUGGCGCUGGCAGUUACCCUGGAUCUGGAAGCGGUAGGCCUGGUGCCGGUGGCUACCCUACUGGAGGAGGAUACGGCUCUGGGCCAAGACCAGGCUCUGGUGGACAAGGCGGAAAGCCGGCUGGCGGACUUCGUGGUCCUUCUGGAUCAGGCGGUUACGGCGGCCCUGGUGGGCCGGGAGGCCCGGGGUCCUGGAGGUCCUGGUGGUUACGGUGGUCCCAGUGGCCCAGUGGUCCUGGAGGCCCUGGAGGAUCUGGUGGUUACGGUGGUCCCAGUGGUCCCGGUGGCCCCGGGGGUUCCGGUGGUUACGGUGGUCCGACUGGUGCCGGUGGUCCCAGAGGUCCUGGUGGUUACGGUGGCCCGAGUGGUCCUGGAGGUCCUGGCGGGUACGGCGGUCCCAGUGGCCCCGGAGGUCCUGGUGGUCCGAAAGGACCAAGUGGUCCCAAGGGACCAGGUGGGCUUGGAGGACCCGGGGGUGCUGGUGGUCCUGGAGGCCCCGGCGGUUAUGGAGGCUAUGGAGGAUCCGGAGGAGGAGCUGGAGCUGCACCUGGUGGCCCUGGCCCAUACCUGGCGGGUAGUGGUCCUGGUUCGGGGUCUUAUCCAGGUGCUGGUGCCGCGGCUCCCCAAGGCGGUUCACGGCCUUCUGCUGGUGGAUAUGGUGUCGUUCCAACUGGGCCUCGCCCGGCGCCUGCGACGUAUCCAGGUUUCAUCAGGGGCCGAUGCUUAUCCGGGUGCAGGCGCUGGUCCCGGUGCAUCAGGAGCUGGUGCACAACCCGGAGGAGGUGGAGCAUGGCAGGGGCCUGAGUACCCAAGCCCCACUGCUGGCGGCGCUGGAGGCGGCGGCUACUACACAUCCGACAGCGGGGCGUACUCGGACGGUUCCGGAUACCCGGACAGGACGCGUCCGGCCAGUUGCCAGGUGGCACUCCUCAAAGGCCUCGCGGAGGAGGUCGGGGUCGAAGGCCACAGGGCGGUUAUGGGUCACCUAUGAUGAUGGGUGGUGCCGGCGGUGACUGAGGCCGUCAGCAUGGACAAAUGACAGUGUUCACUUUGGCGGCCGCUGUUGCGAAAGUACUUCCUAGACACCGAUACCACCGAACACUCUGUCGUUACGCCUGCGACAUAGAAUGAAAACACGACGUGAAACAGUAUUUUUUGCUGUCAUGCAACUCGAAAUGUCUAAACGGAAGCGAUAUAAUGCUCUGCUAAGUUACAUUUAUGAACUAGGCUUUUACGAAUUAGGCUUAAGCCACUGAAAACAGUUUUAUGCGCAGCACAGCCGUGUUUGUUGUUUUCUUUCGAUAUACUAAGUCCAUUAGAAGGAAAGACUAACGCGCCUUCCACUCCAGCUUCGGCGUCGUAUAAAGACAGUCGCAUAUCGAUACAAAGUGUUCUCGUUCUUGCAGUCGAUAUGAAUUGUUGUUAAUUUUUUUUGUUAACAUGUUUUCUUCACGACACUUGUUCAUUGUGGUUACCAUAUAUACCAUUUUCUCUCUCAUUGAUCGACUUUAGCAAAGACGCCUCACGCUGAAGGAACGAAGCAUGCUGCCGAGGGCGGUAGCUUUUUUGCUCUUGCUUAGAAUUC